UCAUCGCAACCAUCGUCCAAAAUAGCAUAAUAUAUCAUCUUUAUUAUUUCAAGCUUUACAGUGAGUAUGGCACCAAUUGCAACUUCACACGCAUCUUCUGGGCAAGCCAUGCAUAACAGAAACGGCAAACGUGUCUCUGUAACAGCUCCCAAUGCCGACGGUGCAGCUUCAAGCUUGCGGCACAGCUCGACCAUCUCAUGGGCUCUUAUUCUCGGUAUCUUUGGAGCUCUGUUAGCAUUAGGAGGUAUAGUAUACCAAUCCCAAAACUCUGAAAGCACUCCAAAAGCUAGAGUCAUUGAACGAAGCUUUCAAAAGGUGGUCGGAUGGGAAGAGCCACCACCAACCAUGGAUACCAAGGACUAGGAUGGACGAAGGGAGCAAGUCAAGCAGGCAUUUGUUUCCAGUUGGGACGCCUACACAAAAUAUGCAUGGGGUAUGUUAAGAAAGAUUGCACCUUACGCGAUGUUAUAUUCUUGCAUUUGCAUAAUUGAAAGACCGUAUUUCCUGGACACAAUUCUGAUUCUUGUGUUAUGAUACAGGCGCUGAUAGCUUCCACCCUGUUUCGAAAGGCGGCUCGCUCAUGAGUUCACGCGGAUUGGGAUGGAUCAUCAUUGAUAGUUUGAAUACUCUGAUGAUCAUGAACCUGACUUCUCGGGUUGGAGACGCGCGAAAAUGGAUUAAGAAAAGUCUGACAUGGGAUCAAGAUCAAGAUGUGAACACAUUUGAAACGACAAUUCGCAUGCUCGGUGGACUUUUGUCUGCACAUUUUUUAGCAUCUCAAGCAUCUCAAGCAUCUGAUAUCACCUCCGCAAAUGAUGAUAUCUAUCUGAAGAAGGCAGUGGAUUUAGCUGAUUGACUCUUAGGAGCGUACAACUCUCGAUCCGGGAUUCCAUAUGCUAGCGUUAAUUUGAGAUCCAAAGAAGGUAUACCGUCGCACACUGAUGGGGGUUCCUCAUCGACAUCCGAAGCGGGUAUACUGCAACUAGAGAUGAAGUAUCUUGCACAGCUCACGAACAACACGAAGUACUGGAAAAAAGCUGAGCAUGUGAUUAAAGUCCUAGAUGACAAUGGCAUGACGGAUGGACUGCUUCCAAUUUACGUUCAUCCAGGGAAUGGAAGGUUCACUUGCUCGGAGAUCCGCCUGGGAAGUCGUGGCGACUCAUAUUAUGGUAUAUCCAUCUGAUUGACUGGCGGUCUGAUAUCAUACUGAUCCUUUUUAGAGUACUUAAUCAAGCAGUAUCUCCAGACAUCAGGACAAGAGCCCGUCUACCUUGAUAUGUGGUCACAAGCUCUGGAAGGUGUACAAAAAAAUCUCGUUACCUACACCAAGUAUGCAAACUUGACCAUUAUUGCCGAACUACCUAGCGGUAUUGGAGGUCGGUUAUCACCAAAGAUGGAUCACCUUGUUUGUUUCCUCCCUGGUUCCUGACACGGAUCUCGUAUAAAGGACGAUCACGUGAUUUCAAUUGAUCGACAAUUCCUAUCGGUGAGCUGGUAGUCUGUGCACAUCUUGCCAAAUUUACCCUUUUUAGUAUGGCAUUAUGAUCACCUUAAGGCAGAUUGCGCACAACCAUGCAGCUACCGUAUAGGUAUUUUGUAUAUAUAUAUGGAUGCUCCCUACGAGCCAUAGUUCUUCAGUUGUAGAUUCUAAGGAAUAUAAUUGACCCUGUUUAUUCAGCUCUUAUGA